AAUCACUAAUGCUUGCGGGCUUAGUCUUACAGUACGAUAUAAAUACCGAGACAAGAGCCUUAGAGAUCAUUCGAUUGCUUGGGUCCAGCUCUCACUGCUUGACUCAACAUGAAGGGAAUAACUCUGAUUUUCUGCGUUAUCGCAGUUGCCGGAGUAUCUGCCAGCGGAAACGGACCAUGGAACAGUAACCAGCAGUACCGCUACCAUGUGCAAGGCAGAUCACUGUCAGCCAUGCACCAGUCAGGAUCAAACCAGUACGUGGGCAUGCACCUGAGAGCAGAAUUGGAAGUUGAGGCGAAGAAUGAGAACCAGGCUGUGUUCAAGAUCUCCAAGGCCGAGUACGCCGAUGUGCACCAGAACCUGAGUGGAGGCUGGCAACAAGAGUUAAGCAGCAAUGAGCUGCAGUACAAGCAGUUGCCCCUGUCACAAGCAAACCAAGUCUUUCAAGUCAACUACAAGCAGGGAGCAGUGCGCAGUCUGCAGGUCAACAGGAACACACCCACCUGGGAACUGAACAUGAUCAAGGGAUUUGUCAGCCUGUUCCAGGUCGAUGUGACUGGCCAGAAUGCCAUCAAGUCUAGGCGCAACAUUGUGCCCAAUGGCCAGCAGGUGAGUGGCUCGUUCAAGGUUAUGGAGGACUCUGUCACCGGCAAGUGUGAGACCCACUACGAUGUUGAUGAGCUGCCAAUGAGAGUUGUGCAACAGCACCCAGAGAUUGCACCACUUGCAGUUAAGCAGCAGGGCCAGGGCCAGGGCCAGAGCCACAGCCGUCUCAUUCAGGUGGUCAAGUCAAGGAACUUUAGCAACUGUGAUAACCCAGUCACCUACCACUUUGGAUUCACUCAGGAAAGCAACUUUGAGCCAGCCAGCAACCAGAUGGGCAACCUUGUCAGCCGUGCCACAACGAGCCGUAUCCUUCUUGCUGGAGAACCAGACAGUUACACCAUCCACUCAUCAGUCACUCAGAAUGAGAUUGCCAUCAGUCCAUUCGGCUACAACCAGCAGAAGGGAGUAGUUGGCACACUCAUGAAUGCCACCCUUGUCUCCGUGUCACAUGCCUCUUCUGGCUCUCCUCAGUCAGUCCAGAACCCACAGAAAAUCAACGAUCUGGUUUAUGAGUUCAACCCAGCAUCAAACAGUGAGAGCAACCAAAGAUCUAGCCACUACACCAGGCAGCAGGCUGAUAAUGAAGAUGACAGCAGCUCAAGCUCAUCUAGCAGUGACUCUUCUUCAUCAUCCUCCUCCUCUUCAUCUAGCUCAUCAUCAUCAUCGAGCAGCUCAGAGGAGAACAACAAGAGUAGUAAGAAGAACAACAUCAACAAGAACUGGAACAACAAGAACCAGAAUAAGAACAACAACAAUAACAGGAACAACCAUAAUAACAAUGACAACAACCAGGAUAACUCCAAUGAAAACAAUAAUGAUGAUGCUUACUGGAGGAGCCAGCAGAAGACCAAGUCCAGGUCACGCAGGAGUAUUCUGAGGAACUACAACAACGAGAAUGAUGAUGACCACAACCAAAACAGAAACCAGAACAGAAACAACAACAACAACAACAAUGACUCCUCUGAAGAGAGCAAUGAAAACCAGAACAACAAUAACAAGCACAACAACAAGAACUGGAACAACAAUGACAACAACAAGAACUGGAACAACAAUGACAACAACAAGAACUGGAACAACAAUGACAACAACAAGAACUGGAACAACAACAACAACAAGAACAGGAACAACAAUGACAAUGAUGACUCAUCAUCAAGCUCAAGCAGUUCCAGUUCUAGCUCCUCCUCCUCGUCCUCAUCUUCAUCCUCUUCGUCCUCAUCCUCUGAUCUUGACAGCAGCGAAGAGAACUGGCAGCAGAAGCCUGGCAUGAAUGAUGCACCAAGAACACCUUUCUUGCCCCACUUUGUUGGAGUAAGAGGCAACUCAAUUCAGGCUGACAAGCAGGUCGACAUUGUCAAUGAAGUCCAAAAGGUAGCCAUGAGGAUUGGCGCCCAGGUCCAGAGACCCAGUGCCAUUCCAGGACAGAACACACUCACCUCCUUCACCAUCCUCACCAGGAUGAUCCAGACCAUGUCAGCCAAGCAGAUCCAGGAAGUCAAACAGAGACUUUUCAUUGACAGGAACAAUGCCAAUGGCAAGAGCUCUGCUGAUGCCAAGAAACUCCAGAGUUGGGAAGCAUUCAAGCAUGCUACAGCUAAUGCUGGAACUGGACCAGCAUUGGAAGCCAUCAAGAACUGGGUUGAGAAGGGUGAUGUGAGGAAUGAGAAGGCAGCUGAACUUGUUGCUGUUCUGCCAAGAACCGCCAGACUGCCAACUGACCAGUACAUCAAGACUUUCUUCCAAUUUGCCACCUCAUCAAAUGUGCAGAACCAGAAGUACCUCAACUCCACCAUCAUCCUUGGAUUCUCUGAAAUCCUGAGGAAAGCUCAAGUUGACUCAGACACCAAACACAUGCGCUUUGGAGUUCACAGCUUUGGUCACUUGACAUCCAAGCAUGAUCAAUCCCUGCAUCAGGAAUACAUGCCCUACUUGGAAGAGAAACUCAAGAGUGCCUUUGAAAAGGGUGAUAGCCAGAAAAUCAUUGUCUACAUCCAAGCUCUUGGAAACACUGCACACCCAAGACUAUUGAAGACCUUUGAGCCCUACCUGGAAGGAAAGAAAUCAGCAUCACGCUUCCAGCGCCUCUUGAUGGUUGCCAGCCUCUACCAGAUGACCCGUGUCCACCCAACCACUGCCCGUGCUGUGCUCUACAGAAUCUACAAGAACCCAGGAGAAGCCGCCGAACUCAGAGUGGCUGCCCUACACCUUUUGGCCAAUGCUAACCCAUCUGCAGCCAUGCUACAGAGGAUGGCCCAGCAGACCCACUGGGAGCCAAGCAAGGAAGUCAUCUCUGCUACUCAAUCCUUCAUCAAGAGUGCUGCUGGUAUGGAUCAGAAUCCCAACUCCAUUAAAUUGGCAAGGAAUGCUCAGGCAGCUGUUGACAUGCUCAACCCUAAUGAGUAUGGAAGCUCCCUGUCCAAGAAUUUCCUCAGCUCAUUUGUUGUUGACCACAUUGACAAGAGCUACGAAAGCCAAUUAAGCUCCAUUGGCAGUGUUGACAGUAUUAUUCCAAGCAGUGUGUUUGUCAACUUUAUGGCCAAUGAUGGAGGAUACAAGCACCAAGUGUUCCAUCACUCUGCUAUGUUCUCCAGUGUCAAUGACCUUUUGGAGCUUGUGAACACCCAAUUCAAGAACAACAACAACAACAACAACAACAACAACAACCGCAAAAACAACAAGUCUGGAUCUUAUGACAAUGAAGACAACCAUAACAACAGGAACUCAAACAACGAAUGGACAGCUGAGAAUGUUCUCAAGGCCCUCAACAUCCAGAAGAACCAGGCUGAACAGCUGGAAGGAAACUUCUUCCUCACCAUGCUGGGAGGAAAGCGUGCUUUCGCCAUCAACAACCACACCAUUGAGAAGAUCCCAUCCAUUUUCAAGGAAACAGCACAGAAACUGAAGCACACCUCAUUCAACCUGACUCAGUUCUACAGCAAGAACACAAUGAAAGUAGCCUUCCCCACCCCAAUGGGUCUACCUUUUGUCUAUGCCACCAGUGUACCCACCAUGGUGUAUGUAGGUGGAGAGACCAAGGUCAACUCUCAUCCAGACUUGGCCAAUGGCAACAACAACUUUGUCAACAUUCCUCAAUACAUCAACAUCUCAGCUGACAUUGAAGCAGUCUACUCAAUGCAGGCCAACAGCAAAUUUGGUGUGGUUGCUCCAUUCAACCACCAUGAGUACUAUGCCAGUGUUGAGAAGAACAUGCAAUUCUAUAUGGCUGUUCAGACAGAGGCAAACAUUGACUUGGAAAACAACGAGGUCGAAUUCACAGUGCAGCCACUCAACAAGGAAGACAAGCAGAAUGUGUUCCAGUACAGCACAGUGCUCUACACCACCAAGUCAAACAUCCUCAACUUCAACCCAGCUCUGCAGGAGGAUGGCACUGAGAGAGUGCAUGUUGGCAAAGCUGAACAGAUUGAGAUGAAAUUUGGCAAGGAAAGCACUGGAUUCGCAUUUGAGGCCAGCUACUGGAGUGAGAAUGGCUAUGGAGACUUUGCCACACUCUACAAUGAAGUUAGCAAGUUUGAUUUCCAGUCUGCAAUGACAUCUCCCUGGGCUCAAGGCUCCCUCAACUCCAACAACAUUACUGUUGCCUUCAAUCCAAGGCAGAGCACCUCUCAGGUUGCCAAGUUUACUUUCUCCUAUGCUGAAAACUCUGAUGACAACAAUAACUCCCACAGUGGACAUGACAGCAACAGCAGCAACAACAACAAUAACAACAGGGCAGACUACUCUGAUGCUCAGCCAUCUUCCACAGCUGCCAACAGUCGUUCCAGACAGAAUGAAUUCCUGCGCAAGGCUGCUGCUGGCAUCUCAGGUGCUGAUGCUGUGGUUGUUGAUGUGUCUGCUAGAUUCCAAGGCAGCCAUGGUCAAUCCAAUGCCCAGUAUGUAGCCACUGUAGCAAUGGCCAACAGUGAUGCUUCUUCAAACGCUCGUAUGCUGUUCUUUGCAUCAAUGAACCCAGCUAACUCUGACUCCAAGGCCCAGGUGUGUGCUGCAGUUGCCAGUAACUUCCCCAAUGUGCCACUCAUGAACUUCCUUGAUGCCCUUAAGGCAAACCCAACUUCCCACAUCAGUGCUGACAUUGCCUUUGGAGCACAAUGCAAUGCUGGAGGACACAUCCAUGCUGAUGCCAGGUUGUCACAGACCCAGGAAUUCCAGGAGUAUGCAAAGAGCCGUCCAAUGGCCAAGAAAUGCUUCCAGUUGAUGGAGAAGGGCCAGGCUCUUGAAUAUGCUUGCCAGAAUGCCACCAAGGUCGCCAACAUGCUCAACAACUACGAUGUCUCAGUCAAGUAUGAUAGAGUACCAAAUGCCCUCAAGAACAUCACCUACAGCAUCUACUCAGCUCUGGCUCAAGCUGCCUACCCAUACCACAAUAAGAACAUGUUCAGUCAGAACAGCAAUCCUGCUGGCAGGAUUGAAGCCAAUGUCAGGUUCAACAACAACCUCCAUUACUUCAAUGCUUCAAUCAACACUCCAUUCUUCUCUGGCAAUGUCAAGAAUGUUGAAGUGGACCCUGCUCUCAGACCUCUGGUGAUCUUCCAUCCAUCCCUCAACUCAUUUGAGCUCAUGUCCUACAAUGAGAACUACGAUUACCCAACAUGUUCUGUCAGCAAGAACUCCAUCAGCACAUUCGACAACAAGACCUACUCAGCUGACCUUGAAGGCUGGCAUGUGAUGUUUGCCUCCACUCCAAAGAACUACAACGACAACUCUGGAAGAUACAGUGCCAGCAACAGCCAGUCCAACAGCUUCUACAAGUACAAGAAGGUUGUUGUCUUGGCCAAGAACGCCGGAUCUGAGCGCAAGGCUGUCAAGAUGCUGUUGGGAGAGAAUGUCAUUGACAUCAACCCCUCUGGCUCCGAGUCAAGUGACAACAGCCCCAACGCCAAUGUCCAGGUCAAUGGAAACAAGGUGCAGAUUACCAACAACAGGAUGACCAGUUUCGAUGACUUUGAUGGUGAGACCCUCGUUGAGAUCUCUGUCACAGACAAUGGAGAGGUGCAGGUUCAGUCUUCAUCCCAUGGCAUUGCUGUCUACCACGAUGGUGCCAACUUCAUCAUUGAUGCUGAUAGCUACCACAGAGGUGAGGUACGUGGUCUCUGCGGUACCUACUCUGGUGACAAGUACACUGACUUCACCACACCCAAUAAGUGCAUUAUUAGGGAGGCUAGACUGUUUGCAGCCACCUAUGCUCUGCCAGGUAGCAGCAACAGCAACGUUGAACAACUCAAGAGGCAGGCUGACCAGAUGCCUUGCUUGAGGCGCCGUCACAUCUUUGCUGAUGUCAUCACUUCCAACGACUAUGACAGAAGCAGCAGCAGCAGCAGCAGCAGCAGCAACAGGAACAACAACAAGAACAACAGGAACAACAAUAACAGUUCAGAAUUGCGCACCAACCCAACCAAACUGGUGCAGGACAUCAAGAACAAUGGUGACCAUGUCUGCUUCAGUAUUCACCCAGUCCCCAAGUGCCAGAGUGGCUUCUCCCCAGCUGAAUCAUCUGAGAAGGAGGUUCAGUACCUGUGCAUCAGCAAGGGCAAGAACGCCGAAUAUUGGGUUGGUCAGAUCAGCAAUGGUGGAUUCGUCAACCUUGGACAGAAGCAGCCUAAUGCCACAUUCAAGAAGAGCGUCCCAAAGAGUUGUGUUAGAGACAACUAAUCAUACAUCUGUAAAUUUAAACAUCAUGUGAUUUAUGCUCAAGUUGAACAAUAAAUUUUGCAUUCGAAUAACUA